AUGAGCAACAAUAAGAAGUUCAUUGCGGUUCUGCUAGCCAAUGCACUGCAGCUUCACUCUGCAUUGGGUCAAUUUGCUUCUCCGUCACCCCUAGAAGACACCGGCGUCGUUCUCGAAAGCCAGAACGUCUCUGCUCAGUCAUUCAUCGGACUUCCAGCUCAAGCACAGCCUCUACCAAUGAAGACACGCUACAGCCCCGACGUAGUUGGCUUCCACCAGGACGGCGGCAACACCAGGACGAACGACUGGGAUGGUCCCCUCGGCGUGUCUCCCAACGUCUACAGCCGGUCUGUUGCCAUAUCAGCGCAGUACUGGCACAGCGACAACCGACUGACGGCGCGCUCCGUCUGCACGGAUGCCGCAGAGCCGUACUUCUGCAUCGCAGCCUUUGACCCGGAUGCCAUGAACAUGCUAGGGUCUUGGGCCCCUGAAGGACAGACAUUGCUCUCUCCGUACGCCACCGUCGCUGGAGAUUCCGUCAUCCUGCCCACAAUGGAAAGGCACAUCUUCGAAGUCGAGAGAGUCGACGAUGCGAACGGUACCACGUUCAUCCCUCAUCGAGACAUCGAUCUCACUACGACCCUGCCUCAGAACCACGGCGUCGUGAGCAGCUACGUCGACGAGGAUCAGAACGUGUGGUUCACGUCCGUUGCGCUCGCGACAACCUCUACUGCAAGUGACUCCUCCACCCUCGGAUACGUGACCCCAGACGGAACAAUCCGGACUAUCACCCUCGACGGCCAGAGAAUCGAAAACUCAAUCGCCGUCAGCGGGAAGACAGUCUACCUCAACACCGGUCCCCUCGCAUCAGAGACCAACAGGAGCAGCACCGGCCACAUGUUCGCCUUCAGACCAAGCGAAAGCGACGGAAAAAUCACCGCGCUGUGGAACGAGACAUAUGACGCCGGUACCGCUGCUAAGCCAGGCGGCUUCUCGCAGGGUUCGGGGUCAACCCCGUCCCUAGUCGGUGACAAGUACGUCGCCAUCACGGAUAACGCCGACGCGCAAGUGAAGCUCUUGAUCUACCGCCAAGUCACUGCUUCAGCUGAAAGUCUCGCGGAAGGCGAGCUGCCACUGGUCUGCCAGGUCCCUUUAUUCGAAUCCGGCGCCAGCGCGAAUGAGAAUGCCAUGGUCGGGUACUUUGACGGGUCGACGUACAGCGUCGUCGUGAAUAACAACUACGGGGCCCCGGAACUGCAGGAUCUAGGCGAAGGGGCGGAUAUCAACGGCGAGUUCAACGACCUUGCGCCCCUGGCACCUGGAAUUACGCGGGUGGACAUUACGCCUGAGGGUAAGUGUGAGGUCCGGUGGGCUUUGGAGGUCCGCUCGACGAGCGUUCUUAGUCUCUCGACUGCGAAUGGUCUCGUGUACUCUUACACGCAGGACGAGGAACUUGCUGGCCAGGGAUUGUAUGUAUGGUACUUCACCGCCAUAGACUUCCGGACUGGCGAGAUUGUCUGGCGGAUUCGGGCCGGAGCUGGGGGUACGUAUAACAACAAUGUAGCCCCUACGCAGAUGUCCCCCAAUGGAGGGAUCUACCAAGUUGUUGCGGGAGGUGUUACGUGGUUGAGGGAUGAUUAA